AUGAGGGCUGCUAGGUUUGACGAUAUUGAUGAUGUCAUGAGCUUGUCUUCUGCUGGUGUUUCUCUUCAUUCUACAGACUCACAGGGCCGAACAGCACUUCAUAUGGCUUCAGCAAAUGGGCAUCUUGAUGUUGUAAACUAUCUUAUCAGUAAUGGAGUGGAUGUUAAUGCUUUUAAUGUGGAGAAGAAUACACCGCUUCAUUGGGCUUGCCUCAAUGGGCACAUUGAGGUGGUCAAGAGUUUGAUUCUUGCGGGGGCUAGUGUAUCAGCUUUGAACAGCCACGAAAGGACUCCUAUGGAUGAGGCAGUGAGUAGGGGAAAGAUGGAUGUCAUCGAUGCGAUCAACACAGCAGUGGCACAAGUUGAUCUCACUGGCACAAGUGUGUCCUGAUAUUGGAACUCUUGCAAAGAAAGGUGAAAGAGUAGGUGAAGUGUUUCUUGUGUGUUUAUUUAUUUUAUAUUUUUCUCCUCCAGAUUGCCAGAAGAUGAUGUAGGCAUCUUGCUUACUGUUUAAAUUGGCAUUCCUCAGUUUUCUACCAUAACAAGCACUUGGUUAAGGUAUUUAGGCAUCUUUACUAUUGAUUUUAUUGUUUGUGGCUUGAGUUGGUAAGUAAGAACAAUGUUACACAG